UAGUGCUCUCACAAACAUGGUGAACGUUCCUAAAACCUACCGGACUUUCUGUAAGAAGUGUGGCAAGCACCAAACCCACAAAGUGACACAGUACAAGAAGGGCAAGGAUUCACUGUAUGCCCAGGGAAAGCGGCAUUAUGACAGGAAGCAGAGUGGCUAUGGUGGGCAGACUAAACCAAUUUUCCAGAAAAAGGCUAAAACUACAAAGAAGAUUGUGCUGAGGCUGGAAUGCGUUGAGCCCAACUGCAGAUCUAAGAGAAUGCUGGCUAUUAAGCGAUGCAAGCAUUUUGAGCUGGGAGGAGAUAAAAAGAGAAAGGGCCAAGUGAUCCAGUUCUGAGCUUCAUACUUUUAUUAUGAAGACAAUAAAAUUUUGAGAUUGUUUAAAAAAAAAAAAAAAA